UCCAGAUCACAGCAGUCCCUUGCAUCAACAUCGCCGGGGAUCUCAUGUGUCGGGAUGGUUCUCUCAUUCAUUCUCGUUCAGAACCGACAGGGCAAGACACGACUUGCCAAAUGGUACGCUCCGUAUAGUGAUGAGGAGAAGAUAAAGCUCAAGGGCGAGGUCCAUCGGUUGGUGGCGCCCCGCGACCAGAAAUACCAGUCGAACUUUGUCGAAUUCAAGCGCAGCACCAAGGUCGUGUACCGGCGGUAUGCGGGGCUGUUCUUCUGCGCAUGCGUCGAUGCGACAGACAACGAGCUAGCAUACCUGGAGGCGAUCCACUUCUUCGUCGAGGUGCUAGAUCAGUUCUUUGGUAACGUGUGCGAGCUGGACCUGGUGUUCAAUUUCUACAAGGUUUAUGCCAUCCUCGACGAGGUCUUCCUCGCCGGCGAGAUUGAAGAAACGAGUAAACAGGUCGUCUUGACCCGGUUGGAACAUCUGGACAAGCUGGAGUGAGGUGUCGAUGUAUUUGGGGUCACACCCGCCGGAGCCGGAGGUCGCAUUGAAUAGACUGUGGGAGGAGAAGUGGCCAUAAUAUGGAGUUGGCGUUGCGGGAAUCCUAUAUCAUCGUUCCAUGGCGUUGUGAUUUACUACUGUUCCUUGUGAUAUUUGCCUCUAUAUUGCCAAGUUCUGUACUAUUAAGCUCUACCGUCACCUGUAUAGAUC